GUCAACAAAUACAUAUGAACUUACAGGUGGUCAUGAUGUUGAUCAGGGUUGGAUUAAAGACAUUCGUGUUCAAGUCGAUGGACAACGUCGUGGUAAAGUGGUACCAAGAUUUCAAUUUCAAAAUUGGAAUCAAAUGGAUUAUCAAAUGCUAGUAAAUGAAUUAAGUGAAGUUAAUUCUCUUGUUGAUACUUUAAGCUUUGAAUGCAGGAAUCAAGGUUUUGAUGGCUUGGUUCUUGAAGCUAGCUAUCCUGUACUUUUAAGAAAUUUAAUUAUGAGAUUAGGCACUAAAUUACAUAAUCAAUCUCAAGAAUUUAUUUUAGUAUUACCCCCAAGAAAGACUUCAAUACCUCAUUUUACUGCUGCACAAUUUGAGGAUUUUAGUCAAUUUGUUGAUGGUCCUAAUGCUCCAAUUGAUUGGGUAGAAGAUAAUAUAUUAUCUUUUACUCCAACAUCAAUGAAUCGUG